UUUUACGUUUCGUAUUUCCGGCCACGUUAAUGUUGUGACUUACAGAUUAUUUAGUAAAAUUCGAUGAACUGUUUAUGUACAGUUGUAGUAUUUUGUAGUGUAGUUUUACAGAUUUAUUCUUUACCGUUUUAAUUUAAAGAAAACAUGGAUUACUGGAUUAUUUGUACUCUACUGUCAGCAGUGUUGGUUUUGAAGUUUGUGGACGGUGUCGAAUUAACUUUUGAAUUACCUGACAAUGCCAAGGAAUGCUUUUACCAGGAAAUAAUGGAAAAUGUAUCUUCGACGUUAGAGUUUCAGGUGGUAACAGGGGGCCAAUAUGAUGUGGAUGUAACACUUGAAGCUCCCAACAGAGAAAUCAUCUAUAGAAAAGUUAAGAGCCAGUUUGACACACAUACAUUUGUCGCGCCUAUGCGAGGUGUCUAUGCAGCCUGCUUUAGCAAUGAAUUCUCCACGUUUUCCCAUAAACUUGUAUACAUGGACUUCCAGGUUGGAGAAGAACAGCCUUUACCUGGUUUGGGAGAACAUGUCACAGUUAUGACUCAGAUGGAGUCCUCGGCUCAGGAGAUUCACAAGAGCCUGAACAGCAUAAUCGACUACCAGACGCACCAUCGCCUGCGCGAGGCGCAGGGUCGCAAGCGUGCAGAGGACCUGAAUGAGCGGGUGAUGUGGUGGUCUGUGAUGGAAACUUUGGCCGUCCUCGUGAUCACGGUGGGACAGGUGUUCAUACUGAAAAAUUUCUUCUCAGAGAAGAAACCAUCUCAAAUGAACUCCAAAUAGUAACUUAAACUGCCCAACAAGCAAGGGGAGGGGCGAGAAUCCCUUAUCACGUUUGGAAAGUUUGAAAGAGUGCACUUAUCUGUGAUUGCGCGUUUGAAGCCUGCGUAGUGUUUACUGCAGUGGUGAAGGAUUUGUCGAGGAUUGCAAGAGUCUGGAAAUUGCAUUGCCUUGUUGAGUCUUUUGGAAGUGCAAAGUUUUACAGAUGAGACCAGAUUUACUUCUUAAUGUGCUUGUCGCUGCAAAUGUUUUAUCCUUCACCGAUAUCUUUCUUUUGAAAACAAAUUGAUUAUGCUGGGAGCAGACUUACCUGAAGUGCAUUACAGGGACACGAGUUGUUUAAAAUUAAGUUGUAAAUCUGUUAAAACUCUUGGAUAUUUAUUUGUUUGUAUUUUUAGGUUGUGAGCGAUCUGACAGAAUGUGGUAUGAUAGUAGAAAACUUUAUUUUCGUUGACUUCACCACAACAUUGUUCUGCACUAUUGUGACUGGUGCUGGGAUCAGGGAGUGGCCAGUAGACUGUCUUGCCUCAGCAAGCACUAUCCACUGACAUAAGUUACAUAUUAUGUUAAAUCAUGGGUAUUUCACUGUAAGCCCAUUAAAUGUUUUUUUUUUUUUUUUGCAUACUUGAAUUUUCUAUCUGAAGGCUUAUAAAUAUAUAAAUUGGUUAAAUUAUUGAUUUUGCUGUUCAAUUCUAAGUGUUAUCUAUAAAACCUCUUGUGCAUUAUCUAACCCUGUACUGAGAAUGUAAGUAAUGAAAAUAUGACUGAAUAUAAUUUAAUUAUAAUUAUGUAGUUGGAAAUUAAGCCAGUAUUUCUUGUUGCAUUGUUUGUUGUGAGGCAACAUGUAAGAGACUACACGGAAGUUAAAACAACCUAUUUACUAUCAGUAUGUUGCUGUUGCAUGUUGCUUGUUAAUACAUUUUCUUUAUGCUUGUCUUGAGUAAAACGGUUGUGCUGUUGCAGAUAAUUCUUAUUUAAAUUCUGAAAGUCAUUUGGCUUUAAGAAAAUCAGAUUAGUCUUCAGAAAGUUUGUUUUGCUGCUGUUAUGGUAUUCAUAGUGAUUUCAUGUUCGAUUGGAUUAAAUACAACUACAGUGCUGUAAAAAAACAUAAUGACAAGAAUAAAUUUUGGAAUCUGUCACAGAAAAAUAA